UCUUCUUGUGCUCCCGUAGCUCCAUAUGGCUGCCAUAGUGACGAACGCAGCAACAGACGCUUACGAAAGGUGAAAGUUGUUUACUGAAUAAAAGACAGCAAUCAUGUCUUUUAGAGAUCUGAGAAAUUUCACAGAGAUGAUGCGAGCACUAGGCUACCCUCGUCUCAUCUCCAUGGAGAACUUCAGAUCUCCAAACUUCCCUUUAGUAGCUGAAAUCCUCAUCUGGCUUGUUAAGCGAUAUGAACCUCAGAUGGAAAUUCCCAGUGAUGUUGACACAGAGUCAGACAGAGUGUUCUUCAUCAAAGCCGUGGCUCAAUUCAUGGCAACUAAAGCUCAUGUGAAGCUGAAUCUCAAGCGUCUGUAUCAGGCAGACGGUUACGCUGUGAAAGAGAUGCUGAAAAUCACCAGCAUCCUUUACAAUGCCAUGAAAACCAAAGAGAACACCGAUGAGGAACACAACAAUGACGAAAACAGCAAGUUCAAGUUUGAUCUGGGGUCAAAGAUAGCUGAUUUAAAGGUGGCACGUCAGCUGGGAUCUGAAAUAACUGCAAAGGGAGCAGCCCUGUUUGACCUGCUGGGGCUCGAAGAGGACCUGAGAGAGAGCAGGACGGCUGCGAUAGCUAGACCGCUGGAGAUCACAGAGACAGAGAGAGCUCUUACAGCAGCUGUCAAAGAUGUCACGGAGAGCAUCCAAAAGACAAAAGAUCUGCUCAAUAACGUAUCGUCAGAUGAGGCCAGUCUGGAGGCCAAAAUCGAGAAGAAGAAACAGGACCUGGAGAGAAACCAGAAACGCUUACAAACUCUACAGAGCGUGCGUCCAGCCUUUAUGGAUGAAUAUGAGAAGAUCGAGCAGGACCUGCAGAAGCAGUACCAGACCUACGUGGAGAAAUUUCGUAACUUGAGCUUCCUGGAGCGGCAGCUAGAUGACUAUCACAGAGCUGAACAAGAACGCUUCGAGGAAGCAGAGAUGGCAAUGAAAAUGAGACAAAACAAAUUAAAAGAGGAGGAGAAGAGGCUCAUGAGGAGUGGAGCAAGAGAUGAAGACUCCGAUGUGGACAUACCAGAGGACGAAGGCUCUGACAGUGACAUAGAGGACGGACAGCAGCCCCGACCACGACACACACAGAUAUCAGGUCGAGGUGGCGCUCGAUUCAUUGGCAGUAUGAGGGGAGGAGACAGUGAAGAGUCAGAGGACAGUGAGAUCGACGUAGACAAUGAUGAUGAAGAUGGUGAGGAAGACGAAGAUGAGGAGGAAGAGGAAAACGAGGAUCUGGAUGAAGACAAUGACAGUCUGGAGGGCUCCUCCACCAAACCUGGACGCUCAAACCGAUUGCUGCACCCACAAAUCCUUGAGGAGAGCGAUAAUGACUUUUAAUCUGCAACCAGCAUGCAUUAAAGGAAUAGUUCACCCUUAAAAAUGAAAAGUUGCUGAUCAUUUAUUCACCCUCAGGGCAGUCAAGAUGUAGUUGAGUUUGUUUCGUCAUGGGAAGAGAUGGGGAGAAAUUUAGCUUCCGUCACUUGCUCACCAAUGGAUUCUCUGCAGUGAAUGGGUGCCAUCAGAAUAAGAGUCCAAACAGCUGAUAAAAACAUCACAAUAAUCCACAACACUCGUUGUACUCUGACGGCACCCAUUCACUGCAGAGGAUCCAUAGGUGAGCAAAUGAAAUCUCUCCAAAUCUGCUCUAAAAAAAACUCUUCAAUAUCUUGGAUGGCCUAAGAGUGAGUAAAUUUUCAAAAAGUUUCAAUUUUGGGUGAACUAUUCCUUUAAAUAAUCAUGCAUUUGCUUCCCAACAUUUUUUUUAUAUACUUCAAUGCUUCUGUAAAUUGCUGCAUCGACCAACAAUUCACAUUAAAGUUUUUUCAUGACACGGAAACAAGAUAAAUAUCAGUAAAUAACAAAAUGUAAUUUCCAGUAUGUAUGAAUAUACCUUCUCAUCUGUAUUCAAGUGUUGUAUUCAAGUAGUUAUUUGAAUUCAUCUGAAUGAAAGUUCAGCAAAAUUGUUGUAUGAUGUGUUUUAUUAAGGCAACAUCUUUGUCAGUUCUGUUUUAUAAAAUAAACAUUUACUAUUACACAA